CCGUAAGUGUGUUUUUAAAAAGGUCUGUUUUAAACGAGCCGUGAAACUAAAUGUUUAUAUAUUUUUUAUUUAAAUAUUUUAAUUAAUUUUAUUUACCUGUGCGUUCAGUGUGAUAGCAGUGAUUUUCUGUCAGACGGAUCCAGAGGAACAUUGAAGUCCUGUAGUCCAGCUGCUGGAUCUGACACUGGUUUUCUUUUCAUGCUGAUUUUCCUCCUGCACGAGUCUUUCAUCUGUCAUUCGCACGCAAGUGUCAUCACGUUUUAAAAGUUUCUCAUUCUCUUGAGGAAAAAUGCAAAUAUUUGCACGAAAAACCAGUCCUGUGACAAGAGCUCUUGAUCUGUGCCAACUCUCAGUCUCUUAAACAAACUCUGCUGGUGCUGGAAAACUAAAACCAAUUCCCCAGAUUAUUCGUGACGUUAUUAUGACAGAAACAUCAUGGAGCCAAAGCUGCGAGAGUUCAUGUGUGUAGAACAAAGUGAUUGGUGUCUGCUGUUGGAGUGACCAUGAGCUGUGUGCGCGGCCCUUUAUAACUGUGAGAAGCUUGACCCGUACGUCUCUGUAGGGCCAACGUGUAACCGUGUUAAAACUCAACCCAUCUUCCCUCGAUCGGUUUGCUUGCGCUGGCGAGCGAGGAUGCGUGCGCUGGACCGCAGCCGGUGAGGAUGUAUGCGGCGUCCGGGAUGACGGAAUGCAAGGCGGAGGUCACUCCGUCUGCACGAAAUGGGCAUCGAGUGUUCAGCUACACCCUUGAUAGCCACACGGCAGCUGCCUUCAACAUCAUGAACGAGCUGCGUUUGGAGCGUCAGCUGUGCGACGUCACGCUGAGGGUGAAAUACAACGAUCUGGAGGCCGUUGACUUCGUAGCACAUAAAGUGGUGUUGGCAUCGUCUUCGCCUGUGUUUCGUGCCAUGUUUACCAAUGGGUUGAAGGAGUGUGGGAUGGAGGUGGUGCCCAUUGAGGGAAUUCACCCAAAGGUGAUGGGGCGGUUGAUUGAGUUUGCGUAUACGGCAAGCAUCUCCGUGGGAGAGAAGUGUGUGAUUCACGUUAUGAAUGGUGCUGUCAUGUAUCAGAUUGACAGUGUGGUCAAAGCCUGCUGUGAUUUCCUCGUGCAGCAGCUUGACCCCAGUAAUGCUAUCGGCAUCGCCAGCUUCGCUGAGCAGAUCGGCUGCACAGAACUUCACCAGAAGGCCAGAGAAUACAUCUACAUGAACUUCAGUCAGGUGGCGACCCAGGAGGAGUUCUUCAAUCUGACUCACUGUCAGCUGGUGACGUUAAUCAGCCGUGAUGAACUGAAUGUGCGCUGUGAGUCUGAGGUGUUUCACGCCUGUGUGGAGUGGGUGCAGUACGACCGCGAGAACCGCCGACCGUACGUUCAGGCGUUGCUGCAGGCCGUCCGUUGCCACUCGCUCACGCCGCAUUUUCUGCAGCGACAGCUGGAGCAUUUCGAGUGGGACGCUCAGAGUAAAGAUUACCUGUCGCAGAUCUUCCAGGAUCUUACGCUGCACAAGCCCACCAAACUCAUUCCGUGCAGAACGCCCAAAGUACCGCAGCUCAUCUACACGGCCGGCGGUUAUUUCCGUCAAUCGCUCAGCUAUCUGGAGGCGUUUAACCCCUGCACAGGUGCGUGGCUGCGGCUGGCGGAUCUGCAGGUGCCUCGCAGCGGUCUGGCGGCGUGCGUCAUCAGCGGUCUCCUCUACGCGGUUGGCGGCCGUAAUAACGCUCCGGACGGCAACAUGGACUCCAACACGCUGGACUGUUACAACCCAAUGAACAACUGCUGGCUGCCCUGCGCGCCCAUGAGCGUCCCACGUAAUCGCAUUGGUGUGGGCGUCAUCGACGGGAUGAUCUACGCGGUGGGGGGGUCACACGGAUGCGUCCAUCACAACAGCGUGGAGAGGUAUGACCCGGAGAGAGACUCCUGGCAGCUUGUGGCACCCAUGUUAACUCGACGUAUUGGAGUGGGCGUGGCCGUGAUCAAUCGUCUGUUGUAUGCAGUGGGCGGCUUCGAUGGGACUCACCGGCUGAGCUCGGCCGAAUGCUACAACCCUGAGCGAGACGAAUGGAGAAGCAUAGCGUCCAUGAAUACGGUCCGAAGCGGAGCAGGUGUGUGCUCGCUGGGGAACUACAUCUACGUAAUGGGUGGGUACGACGGGACGAAUCAGCUGAACACAGUGGAACGAUAUGACGUGGAAACGGACAGCUGGAGUUACACAGCAUCCAUGAGACACAGACGCAGCGCGCUGGGCGUGACCGCACAUCACCAACGCAUAUAUGUGCUCGGUGGUUAUGAUGGAAACACUUUUCUGGACAGUGUUGAAUGUUUUGACCCAGAAACAGAGACGUGGACAGAGGUCACUAAAAUGACAUCCGGUAGGAGCGGGGUCGGGGUGGCUGUUACCAUGGAGCCGUGCCAAAAAGACCUCAGCCAGUGUCAGAAACACUAGUGCCUCCAUCUCAUGUGAUGAAUGAUUUGUCCAUCUCUCUUUCUCUCUUUUAAGUCCGUGUGUUCUUCCCUCAAACGCUGAAUGGUUUCAGUCAGUGUGCAAAAUGAUUAAGAGAUCUGUGGAAAGGUUUUUCUGCACAUGCAUUCAGUCGUUUUAUGUUCUUAUUGCCCAGUUUGAGCUGUGGAGAUCCUCCUCCCUGAGUCGAGGUUAUUUUAUCCUCAAGUGACUUAUAGACGUAACAUCACUGCACUCUGUGUUCACAGCUGUGUGGAUCAACACCUCUUUCCUAAAUGUAAUAAAGUGCCAUGACCCACCACAAUAGUAUCUGCUGCCCGCUGCCGGGCUGGACCGAACCGUGCCAGGACACCAUCAUGAACACAACACUGGGUGAUCAAACCUGAGCGGCUGCUUUUCAGACUUAAACUCUGAACUAAUGAACAGAAUCGAGUGGUUUGACCAGAUUAUUUUGUAUUCAUUUUUGUAGAUUAAGGUUUCGACGGUGAAGAGUUUGUGUAAAUUGUGCACAGAAUUGAGAUCAUCCUCAGAGCUUUUGGAACUUUAUAAACGUACAUGACAAUUUUUACUAAAUAAAAUGAGUUAUGAAGUAUCCAGAUUUCUUUAAGUGGAUUCUAGCCUACAACAAAUGCAUUUUAAGACAAAGUAACUUUUGCUGAAAUGAUGAUUUUUGAAAUUCAGCCUGAAGACGAUGUAUUUGUACAACCAAUUAAAGCUGCUUUUCUUUCAAUGGAGAUUUGUUAUUGCAUGAAGUCUUGUACAUGAUUACCUUCUAUUUAUAUUUGAGAGGUUUUCUUUGCUCUAGUGCUCGAUGUUCAUACUGGAUAAACUGAACGUGGGGCUGUGCUUACAAAUUAGACUUUUUGGAUGAAAAGGGAUUCAUUUUUCUUGAAAUGAUCUAAAAUCACUUCUAAAAGUCUGCGCUGUUCAUUUUACAGCAACAUUGUACAAGCAUCAUCCAUUAAAGCUUAUGUUUAAACGAUA